AGCUGUUGAAAAAAUGAGGUCAUCUUUGUGUUUUUUAUUACUCAUCUUGAAGAAUUACGAUUUUCAUUGAAGGAAAAUACGCAAUUCUAUUAAUAAAUGGUAAUAAUUUCAUUUGCAAUGAAAGAACUUCUAUUUUAAGAUGUUCCUUAGUUUCAAAUAAGUCGCAUUGCUUUCAAAUGAACAAAUUAAUCAAAUCAAUCUUUUGAAAACAAUUUCAAAUACUUCUGCUGAACUAAGAAAUUACUAUUUCCCCCUUUGAAAAUAUAUUACAAAAACAGCCUUGAGAUUCUUGAUAAAUAUUCAACAUUUAUCAAGCAUGAUUUUAAGAGAAAAUUAUGUGCCUUGCAAAUUCAUUUUAGGAGCCAAAUCUUUAAUAACAAUUCACGGAAUGUAAUUAAUUACGUAAAUUCUUGUGAGAAAUACAGAAAAAAACCUCAUCAUAUUUGGUCUAUAAUUACGCAAUUAUGACAUUGAGAAUGUGUGUGCAUUUUGUACACAUUCAGCAAUAUAGUUUCCACGGACCUUAUCAGAAAACCAGUCUCACGAGAAACCCCAAAAGUGCCAGUCAGUUCAAUUUCUCCACUUUCGCUCUCAACUUAGUGACAAUGAGUGAUGCCCAGAGAGAUUUGGAGAAGGAAUUCUCACCCAGUGCUUGGGUCAAGAGAUUCCGCACUGCCGAAGAAGUGAUUGAGCAUCACAAGAAAGUCGUGAGAGAAGGAACACAACUCGCUCGGGAGACGUUCAAGUGCGAAUUGGAUGUGGCUUAUGGACCAGGAGAGCGCUCCAAAGUGGACAUUUAUGGCACGGAUUUGCCUCCAAAUGCUCCCAUUCUCGUGCUCGUGCACGGCGGCUACUGGCAGCUGGAGGAGUACACCAAGGAGCUGGGAACUUAUGGCGUCCUGCCACUUGUUCCCGCCGGAUGUCGCGUGAUAGCGGCGGAUUACGAAAUGUGCCCCAAAGUGACUCUGUCGGAACUCACGGAGAAUGCCUUCCAGUGCUUGUCCUUCUGCCUCAACUACGCCGCCAAGUUGGGCGCCUCGUCUGUCAGCUUCCUGGGCCACUCAGCGGGAGCGCAUCUCGUCGUCGCACAGUUUGAGCAGGAGCGCUUCGAGAGGCUGCCACACAAGGAGCUCAUCAGAGACGUUUAUCUCUUGAGCGGCGUGUUUGACUUGCGAGAACUUCGUCACACCGAAGCUGCCAAUUCGAAGAAUCUCCUCGCCAUCACAGACGACAAUGUCACUGCUCUCUCCCCAGCUCUGGCCAGCUUCCUCCACCUCGGCACGGAGUCUGUGAACUUCACCAUCGUGGUGACAGGCAAUGAGUCUCAGUCGUACUUGAAAAUGUCCGAAGACAUGCGAGACGCUCUCCACGGAGGCACAAAUCUCGUGAGAUUCUAUCUGUUGCCCAACAAAGAUCACUUCGAUAUUGUGGAGCAACUCAAUGACAAGGAGGAAUACCUGACGGAAAUUCUCCUGGAAGAUCUGAAGAAUUAG